AUGGCAGCAGCAGCAACAGCAGCGGCAGCAGCAGCAGCAGCAGCAGCAGGAGCUCCCAGGCUUCCCUUGGGGGGGCCGCUCGCUCUCCACCGCUGGGGGCCCCCCACUCUGUGGAAGCGGCCCACGGCGCAGCAGCAGUUGCUGCUGCUUCGCUGCUGCUGCAGCAGAGAUGGUGGUGUUCCUGCAGCAGCUGGGCAGCAGCAGCAGCCGCUGCUGCGCGGCUGCAGCAGCAGCAGGACUAUCUCCCCUGUAAGAAGCCAGUUGCAGCAGCAGCUGCUGCAGCAGCAGCAGCUGUAUCAAAAUCGCUGCUGGAGUAGUGUCUCCCACAAUGAGUCUCGGGGUCAUGUGCCUGCAGCAGCUGCUGCUGGGAGCAGCAGUAGAAACAGCAACUGCAGCAGCAGCAGCAGCAGCAGCAGCGGCAACAACAACAACAGCAACAACAACGGCAACAGCAAAAGUAGCAGGGGCCGUACCAGGCGCCGGCCACGACGCGGUGCUUCCAGCUCCCCCAGCAGCAGCAGCAGCAGCAGGAGCAGCAGCAGCAGCAGCAUAAGUGCAGCAGCACGGCGGUCUUUUGUGCAGUUCGGCGUUGCUGCUCCUUUGCUGCAGGCAAUAGCGCGUUUGGGUUUGCUGCAGCCAACAGAAAUUCAAGAAAAGGCCAUUCCCGUAAUAAAGAAAGUGAGUCUUUUUUAA